GCAGGUUCUGUUCGCUGGGAUGGCGUCAGCCCUACCCAGAACCCUUGGGGAAUUGCAGCUGUAUCGAAUACUGCAGAAAGCAAAUCUCUUGUUCUACUUCGAUGCCUUCAUUCAGCAGGGUGGCGAUGACGUGCAGCAGCUCUGCGAGGCAGGCGAGGAGGAGUUCCUGGAGAUAAUGGCUCUCGUGGGCAUGGCUAGCAAGCCGCUGCACGUCCGGAGGCUGCAGAAGGCUUUGAGGGACUGGGUCACGAACCCUGGUCUUUUUAACCAGCCUCUCACGUCCCUCCCGGUCAGUAGCAUUCCCAUAUACAAACUGCCAGAGGGGUCUCCCGCGUGGCUGGGGAUAUCCUGCAGUAGCUACGAGAGGAGCAGCGGCACCCGGGAACCCCACCUGAAGGUUCCCAAAUGCGCGGCGGCGCCGUGCGCGCAGAGCGCGGGCGCCGGCAAGGCCGAGGUGGCCGGGGGGCUGUCGCUGCAGAGCGGCAGCGAGCUGAGGCUCUGGCAAGGACAGCACACCGCAGAGAGCGAGCACAGCCUCUCCCCGGCCGACCUGGGCUCGCCGGCUUCGCCCCGGGAGAGCAGCGAGACCCUGGACGCCGCCGCCGCGCUGUCCGUGGCGGAGUGCGUGGAGCGAAUGGUGCCCGCCUUGCCCAAAAGUGACUUGAACGAAGUCAAGGAGUUGCUGAAAACAAAUAAGAAACUGGCAAAGAUGAUCGGUCACAUCUUUGAGAUGAGCGAUGAGGACCCUCACAAAGAGGAGGAGAUCAGGAAGUACAGUGCAAUAUACGGCAGAUUUGACUCCAAAAGAAAGGAUGGCAAACACCUCACCCUCCAUGAGCUCACGGUGAACGAAGCAGCGGCCCAGCUGUGUGUGAAGGAUAACGCCUUGCUGACCAGGAGGGAUGAGCUCUUUGCGCUGGCUCGGCAGAUCUCUCGAGAGGUUACCUACAAGUACACUUACCGGACCACCAAGUCUAAAUGUGGGGAAAGGGAUGAACUGUCACCAAAGAGAAUUAAACUUGAGGAUGGUUAUCCUGACUUCCAGGACACAGUCCAAACACUCUAUCAGCAAGACAAAAUGCCCCUUGCUUUGGCUAAAGGGAAGAGUGAAGACUCAGCAGCUCUUAAUUCUCAGUCUGAAAAGGUGAUGGCGAAACAGAUGGAGUUUCUUUGCAACCAGGCUGGCUUGGAGAGGCGUCUCUCCACGGGGUGCUACCGGCAAAGCCCGGAGGAGCAGAGCCCCAAGGGCUUGGCCUUGGAGAGCGCCGACGGACAAGGUGACAGGCCGCUGAAUCUCCGCAUGACCAACCUGCCCAGCAGGCAGUUGCCACACAUUUCCCUCGAUGGAGAACAGCACGUUGGAAAGCCUCUGUGCAGCGACUUGAUCCGACUUUACCCCAGUGGUGAGGCAAAGUCCCAGUGCUCGGAGAGCCUUGGUAUUUUGAAGGAUUUUCCUCACUCGGCUUUUAACAACAUGGAAAGGAAGGUCAUAAAAACAGAACCUGAAGACACAAGAUAGUCAUUCUGCUUUGGAUAAUGAUAUAAUAAGGAAUGAAACUUCAGAAGAGGAGGAAAAAAAAAAAACACAACAAAAAAACAACCCAGCCUUAAUAACCAGUGUUGCCUCGUUCAAAUAAGAGAUUUCAAUAGCCAAAGUCUAAGAACUGGUACAGUAGUCUGUGGAAACAGAAAAGCAAGAGACAGUGCAAACUAAAACAGUAAUACAGGUAGAAUCACAUUCCUGUAAAAGUGGUUUUAUAACGUGGAAAGAUUCACAAAUUAAUAUUGUGGAUCUUCAUUAUUUAAGAAUGUAUUAUGUAUUUGUAUAACUUAUCAAAGUAAAUCUAGAUGUCGGGACAUGUAUUGAGUCCAGUAGAUGUGGCUACAGUUCAUUUUACUUGAAAUUUCAGUGUCUACUUUAAAUGUACCUAGCGUAGAUAUGGUUGUUACACAUUUGAAUUAAAAAUCCUUGGAGAAUUAGGAAUGCAUUAGGAAACCUUGUGACAGAACAGCAAGUUUUCAACAAUAUUUGUAGA